AUGAUCAAUUAUGGCCAGCCUUACCUUCUUACCAUUAGCCCGACCUUUUGCCAAACCUUUCCGAAACUCACCUAUGAUUUCUUGGUUGGAAUUGACAGGGAAGGGCAAGUGGACAACAAUGACAGAGCCCCCGGCACGGGUAACAUAAGCCUCGAUGGACUUCUUGACGGCCUGGAAAGCGCAGUGGAGCAUGACAACAGCAUCGCCCUUCUGGAAGCGGCCCUCGGCAAAGGCCCAACCAACAUGCUGAAGAACAAUGGCGGCGGCUGUGGUGGCGUUGUCCACUAUGGAAACCUCGUCAACGUGGUCGGCAUUAAUGAGAUCCUUGAUGACGGUGCGGGAAUGGAGGAUUUGGCGCUGGAGGUGAUUCACGAAGAAAUCGUCGGGCUGGCGGAGGAAGCGGAGCUGCCACCUCUUCUGGGCGGCGAUGAUGGAGGCAGGGCAGCUUCCGAAGCUGCCGUUGUUGAUUCGGGCGACGCCGGGCUGGUGGUGGGCGAACUCCUCCCGAAUUUCGGAAUCGGUUAUGAAGGAGGGUUUGAGCUUCUUGGAGACGUGGUUGUUGUCGCCGUUGGUGGUGGCGCGAGGGUCCUCGAGGCCGGCCAUAGGAUCCAUGGAGGAGGAUGA